GAGUUGUAAAAGACAGCUGCAGUAUCCAAUCAGCCCGCCGGCUCUCUUCCGGCAUUCGCAUUCCCGCCACCCUGCUGGCGGCCGUUACUGCCGGCGCGCGCGCGGGGACUCAGUAGGAUCUAACUAUGUAGCUCUAACUGGCCUGGAACAUACUACAUACACCAGACUGGCCUUGAACUCACAGAGCUCUGACUACCUCUGCCUCACAAGUGCUAUAAUCAAAGACAGGGUUUCUCUGUAUAGCCCUGGCUGUCCUGGAACCCACUGUAUAGACCAAACUGGGCUCGAACUUGGAGAUCUGCCUAUCUGCAUCCCAGGUGCUGGGAUUAAAGAUCAUGGAAAACACCCAGGUUAUUAACUGGGAUGCUGAAGAAGAAGAGGAGACAGAAAUAUCCAGUGGGUCCUUGGGGUAUAGCUUGGAGCCUAUAGGGCGACUACGUCUCUUCAGUAGUACUCAUGGACCAGAAAGAGAUUUCCCACUCUACCUUGGCAAGAAUGUAAUUGGCCGAAGCCCUGACUGUUCUGUGGCCCUGCCUUUUCCAUCCAUCUCUAAACAGCAUGCAGUGAUUGAAAUCUCAGCUUGCAACAAAGCCCCUAUUCUCCAGGAUUGUGGGAGCCUCAAUGGCACUCAACUUGUAAAGCCCCCUAAGGUCCUGACCCCUGGAGUAAGCCAUCGUCUGAGGGACCGGGAAUUAAUUCUGUUUGCAGACUUUCCCUGCCAAUACCAUCGCUUGGAUGUCCCUCCACCUUUGGUCUCUCGGGGACUUCUAACUAUAGAGAAGACUCCCAGAAUACAGGGAGGAUCCCAAACCUCUAGAGUUUUGUUGGCUGAGGAUUCAGAGGAGGAAAUGGAUUUUCCGACUGGAAGGUGUGUGGCAAAUGGAUCAAGGAAUACAACGUCCCCCUCAGCAACAGUAGUUCCAGAAAGUGAUGAGGAGGGGUCUUCUCCAGCCCCGAGUGUCCCCAGGCCGUCUCUGCCCUUGGACUUGGGCAGUGACACAGAUGAAGAACAAGGUCAGCAACCGGCAGUGGGGGGGUCCUCUUCUGCUGCCAGGAAUGGCAUCCGGCUGGUACAGGCUCAGCCUGCUGAGCAGAAGUUCAAGGACCCAAAAGUCACGAGUGGAGCAGGCAGUGGAGCGGCUCUGGCUGGGCCGGUUGUGGAGAAGAGCCCCACUCCUGGGGAGGACAGUGAUACAGAAGUGGAUGAAGAGCACCAGCCUUCUGUGGACAGUGAUACAGAUAUGGAGGAAGAGAGGAUCCCUGUGACCCCACCUGUAGUUCCUGGGGGGAAGAAGAAGAAGAAGAAGCGAGUCCUGCUUGGAGUUGGUACAAAGGAUCCUGGAGCACCUGGAGCAGCACAUCUGCAGGACAGCCCAGCUGGUAGUGACACAGAUGUGGAGGAGGGCAAGAUGCCACUGGCUGUCCCUCAAGAGAGAAACCACACAUCCAUGGUGAUCGACAGCGAUACAGAUGAGGAGGAUGAAGUCUCUGCAGCAUUCACCUUGGCCCAUCUGAAAGAGAGAGGAAUUACUUUGUGGAGCAGAGACCCAGGCAUGGAAGAGGUCAAGUCCCAACCACAGGUCCUUGUAGAACGAAGCCAGAGUGCCUCUGGGAGAGACAGUGACACCGACGUGGAGGAGGGAAAGAGAGAGAUGGUCCCUGACAGCCCCAUGGACCUAGAAGAAGCUCUUAUUGUCACACAUUCAGAGAACCAGCCUCCCCAUAGACCCGGUGAUGUAGAUGAGGAUGUGGAUAUGAGUUCCCCUGGUGGCCAUCUAGAGGGAAAUCAGGCCUUCUCUGCCACAGUAGACAACAAUGGUGCACAAGAGGAGGAGGAAAUCCUGCCAGAGCCAGCUGUUACCCUGGGGGAGAAGCACCAGCUGCCUCCAGAGGAAGCCCAGCCUCCUGAGGAGGACUGGGAAACAGCUGUGGAGGAAGGCUCAUCUUCAGCAGUGGCAGAUGUGAGAAAGAGCCAGCAGCCAGUAGCAGAAGAUACUGGGACAGAGUGGGCUGCGUCUGGUUCUGAGCAGGAGAGCACUCUGGAGGUGGGGACCCAAAGCAGGCCACCUGCUACACCGGUGGAGCAGGUGAUGGUGUGUACAGGUACUCCAGGGGGUCCCACCCAGCCACAGAGAAAGGAAGCCCAGACCCCCACAGGAAGGGAGAAAGGAGCACAAAUGGACAGGACCCAGAAUGCCAAAGACUGUUGUGAUGAAUCUGAAGAUCUGUGUCUUCCAGCUACCCAGUGCUUUGUAAAAAGGGAGAGCCAGAGCUCAGAAGCUGUCCAGAGUUUGGAAGAUGAGCCUACCCAGGUCUUCUCAUGUAUUCUUCCCCAAGAGCCUGGACCUUCCCGUGCUAGUCUUCAGACUCCAGGUCCUGGUGCCCUGGAUGUGCCAUGGGAAGUCUUGGCUACACAGCCGUUUUGUCUGAGAGAACCUGAGGCCUCUGAACCCCGGAUCAUUGCCACCCACCUCGAAGCUCAGGGAUCUAGUCCAUCUCCAACUAGUGCACCACCAGGACACCAGCAUCUGGUUCACAAGGAGCUCUUGGGACUUGAAGGCAGAGAGAUACAGACUGUGGAGAAAGCCAUGGGUAUACCAAAGGAAACAGCAGGCAGCGUGACCUCUGAGAGAGAGCCGCUGGAAAGGACACCAAACAGUGGGAGAGAAGUCGUGAUGGAGGAAGAAGAGCUAACUCAGGGGAAAGAGGACAGAGAGCCAGAGAAGGGCUUAGCUAGAGACAGGCAGGGACAAGAGUCUGACAAGGUGAAGGGUAGGGGUCGUGAAGGGAGUGGAGAGAGUUCGAAGGUAGAAACUGAGAUGUCCAAAGACACACCGAAGAGAGAGAGAGAAGUAGGGAACCCUGAACCGGAGAGAGAGUGGGAGCCAGCUGGUUCAGAAGUGACCCUAGACAGCGGGUUAACAGAGGGAGGAAGCCAUGAUCAGACAGAGCAGAUUGCUGAUUUAACACUAAAGCCUGGAUUUGGCAUGGGGGACCUUGAGGAACUUGCAUCAGCCCUGGUAGUCUCUGGGAGCCAGGGAGAUGGAGGAAAGGGAGACCCUGUGAGCCCCGGGAGGCAGCAGAGAGGCCACUUGAGUUUCGGGAUGACAUCUGCUGAAAAGGCCUCCGAGGGUGAUCCAGAACCCCCAGCCCAUGGCCUGCUUUCUCCGGUGCCUGAAGCUUCAGCUCCACCUCAAAGUCUCCUCACCUCUCAGAGCCAAAAGCAAUCUACACCUCAGCCACUGUUUUUGACAUCUUCCCCUUCUGAGAUACAGCUUCCUGGGACUUUUCAUACAAAGCCUAAUGUCAGGCCACGGCGGUCUUCCAGGAUGACUCCCUCCCCACAUUCCUCUGCUGCCCCUAGACCAGCAUCUCGAACCACUCGGGGCAGGGCAAAUAGGUCCUCUACCAGGACCCCAGAACCGACUGUCCCUACAGACUCUGAACUUCAGCCUCCCACCUCCACAGAACAGCCUGUCAUCCCCAAACCCACCUCUCAGGGCACUCAGGGCAGCACAAAUAGUUCCUUUGUUAACACACCUGAACCAGUUGUUCUCACAGGUCCCGAAACCCAGCCUCCCACCUCCACAGAACAGCCUGUUAACCCAAAUUCCACACCUCGGGCUACUCGGAGCAGGCCAAGUAGGUCUUCCAUCAAGACCACAGAACCACUUAUUCCCAUUGGCCCUGAACUCCAGCCUCUCCCCUCCACAGAACAACCUGUCAUACCUAAACCCACAUCUCCGACCACGCGGGGCAGGCCACGUAAGUCUUCUGUCAGGACCCCAGAGCUAGUUGUCGCCACUGUUUCUGAACUCCAGCCACCCACCUCCACAGAACAGCCUGUUAACCCUAAACCCACAUCUCGGGGCAGACCACGUAAGUUUUCUAUCAGGACCCCAGAACCGACUGUCCCCACUGUCUCUGAACUCCAGCCACCCACCUCCACAGAACAGCCUGUCACCCCUAACCUCACAUCUCAGUCCUCUCAGGGCAGGACACGUAGGUCUGUCAGGACCCCAGAACCAAUUGUCCCCACUGGCCAUGAACUCCAGCCACCCACCUCUACAGAACAGCCUGCCACCCCUGAGCCCUCAUCUCAGGGCAGGACACAUAGGUCUGUCAGAACUCCUGAGGCAAGCAUUACCACAACCUCUGAACUCCAGUCGUUCACCUCUAGAGAACAGGAUGCUCACAAGCCCACAGCUCUGGGCACUCGGGGAAGGAGAUGUAAGGCCUCCAAUGAGAAUUCUGAAUCAGUUGGACCAGUAGCCCCUGAUUUUGAGCCUCCCAUCUCCAAAGACCAUCUUGUUGCCCCUGAGGUGAUAGGUCAGAGCAUAACACUAAAGUCUUCACCACUAAGUGCUCCCCCAGUUUCCACUACCCCUAAACUCCAGCCUCCUGUCCCCACAGCCCAGCCUGUUCCCCUGGAGCCUAUUCCUCAAGCAAGUAACCGAAGGAGACGGAAGGCUGCUGGGAAACAGGGCUCCCACACAGUUCCCAUUGGCCACGAGCCUUACUCUGCACCCUCUGAACCUGAGUCCCAAUCUUCAACCAGCCAAGGCUCAGGGGCAUUAGAAGUAGCUGAGUCGAUUACAGUCACUCCUGAGCCCACUGUUCCCCAGGUUCCAGAGACCCCCACUCACAGUCCUCUGAUGCAAAAUGAAGCAGCUGGGAGACUAGGGUCCAUUCCCAAGCCCCAGCCUGAGGCUUCUCGAGUCCGCAAGAAGCCUUCCACUACCACAGACUCACCAGUUCAAAAACGUCCCCGAAGACGAGUUCCCCAGAAGACCACAGAACCCAAGGAAGAAGAUCUUUCAGAAACUCAAGUGAAGGAAGAGUCUCAGGAGAAAGCAAUUACAACACCAGACAAGAGAAAGAGGCACUGUGCAGAAGACGAGACCCAAGGAAACCCAAGUCGAAGCCGGCGCGCUAAGCCUAACCAAGAAGCGGCAGCCCCCAAGGUACUGUUCACAGGCGUCGUGGAUUCUCGUGGGGAGCGUGCAGUCCUGGCUCUGGGAGGCAGUCUGGCCAGCUCCGUAAAUGAGGCCUCCCACUUGGUCACUGAUCGCAUCCGCAGGACAGUCAAGUUCCUGUGUGCCCUGGGGAAGGGGAUCCCCAUCCUCUCCCUGAACUGGCUGUAUCAGUCCAGAAAGGCAGGUUGCUUCUUGCCGCCGGAUGACUACUUGGUGACUGAUCCUGAACAAGAGAAGAAUUUUAGCUUCAGCCUUCGGGAUGCCCUGACCCGGGCUCGGGAGCGAAGACUGCUAGAGGGCUACGAGAUUCAUGUGACCCCUGGAGUGCAGCCACCCCCACCUCAGAUGGGAGAGAUCAUCAGCUGCUGUGGAGGCACAAUCCUGCCCAGCAUGCCCCAUUCCUAUAAGCCUCAUCGAGUUGUCAUAACUUGCACCGAAGACCUUCCUCGCUGUGCUAUUCCAUCUCGCCUGGGGCUACCUCUCCUCUCUUCUGAGUUCCUCCUGACUGGAGUGCUGAAGCAGGAAGCCACCCCAGAGGCCUUUGUCCUCUCCAAUUUGGAAAUGUCAUCUACCUAAAAAGAAAAAAAAAAAUCUACCAGCUAACACUCGUAGAAAAAGGAACACACACACACACAUACACACACAUACACACACACACACACACACACACACACACACACACACACACACACACACACAAUCAAGACUGGACAAGGUUGUCACACCUUUAGUCUCAGCACUUGGGAGGCAGAGAUAGGCAGAUUUUUCUGAGUUCCAGACCAGCUAGUGCUACAUAAUGAGAUCCUGUCUCAAAAACCAAAAAAAAAAAAAAAGCUCAGGGUUUCACAAAGGCCUAAGAUGCAUUGAUAUAACUGCUUUGGGAAUGUGGAGAAGACCAAAGAGUUUUUGAAAAAAAGAAGAAAGGGGACUUUUUUCCCUACGAUGUCCAUUUUAAAUUGGCCAACCCAGGCUGGGGGUGUAGUUGUGUGGCAGAGAGAACCCUUGCCGUCAGUGGUCCGUAGCUGCACUGAUGAAGCUGUGGUCCAGGCCCCGAACCCUGGUCUUGCUCCCUUCUUGGAAGUUAUCACUUCCCCUUUCCUUGCCAGGAUUCUUACUCAAAGUGAACCAGCUCCCAGGAAUACCUGACUGAGAAGAUACAUGUUUUCUGGUCUGUGACUCACUGUUUAGAAAGGGCUUUUAGUUUUGCUGCACAUGGCCUGCUUUUCCAGUGUUUGCUGUUAGCUUUGGUCAUCUCUGUGGUAGGUCAGUGCUCACUCAGUCUGCCUGAUGGUGAAUUUCUGGUGUGGCGACACAAGACAAUUUUGAACUUGCACUCAUUUAUCAGUACCAAUUUAGAGUAAAUUAUAUUUGUUUUUAAAAGUUGGUCACUUUCCAGGAUGUAGGACUCUUAGGUACUACCGGUAUUUGGUUUGGCCUCUGCAGUAAAUAGUUUGAAAGUUCCUUUGAAGUUAAGUGCAAAGCUAGUCAUGGGGGCAUUUCCUGUAGUCCCAGUACUUAGGAGGCUGCAGCAGGAAGGUCACAAGUUCCAGUUCAGCCUGGGCUACAGAGUAAAACCUGGUCUUAGAAGAGGAGAAAGAAAGAAAGGAAAGGGGGUUUUUGUUUUUGUACUUUUUGUAGUUAGCUUUGGUCAUCCCUGUGGUAGGUUAGUACUUAUUUGGCCAGCCUGAUUACCAUAUGACCAAACAAUACUUCUCUGCCUCCUAUUGGAAGUUCAGGUAGGGGCAAGUGGGAUCAGAAGUUCAAGGUCAGCUUUGGCUACAUAGCAAACUGGAGGCCAGCCUAAAACUACAAGAGACUCAAAAAUGAAAAACAGGCACUUGAUAAAUUUUUUAUUUUUUGCUUUAUGCUUGCUAGGUCAUCACUUUGCCACUAAAGCCUCAUUCCCAGCCCCUUAUUUUCAUAAUAGCCAAAUAUAGAAACAGUGUAGAUGGCCAGGCAAUGGUGGCACACACACCUUUAAUCACAGCACUUGGAAGGCAGGGGCAGGUGGAUCUCUGAGUUGGAGAAAAAGAGAGACUAGAUGUUUGUUCAGCAAGGGUGAACAUAAAAUAUGCUAUGUGCACCAAAAGGUAUGCUCAGACAAGAAGUAAAAAAAAAAAACAUUGGAAGAUGAGUAUCAAGAACACCCUAAGUAAAAGAACCAGACGGGAAGGACACAUUUGAUUCCACCUGCACGAUCUAUCCAGAAUGGGUGUGGAUCAAUUCAUCCCAGACUCUUGAGGACAGGGGAGCUGUUCAUGGGGAGCCAGAAAGAGGAAGAAUUGUACAUAGUGCAGAAUAUUAAAUGCUGCUGUACUAAAUGCCUCUUUGCUAUGUGAAUUUCACUUCAAAUAAAAAUAUAGUUGCUUA